AAUUUCUCUCAAUUUUAAUUGCGAUACGCGUAUGUAUUGCACCGGCAUUUUCGAUCUGAAGUUCCUUGUAAACAAAACAAAUGCUGACUUAACAUUUGAGGUCUAAAGUGUAGACACACACAGACAUCGUCUUAAAUCGAAACGAAGACGCCAUGCCUGAAAUAACUGUCCAACACGUCGUCUCGUAUAGCAGUGCCGACAAGGGCUUCCCAGCAGACAACCUCUUAAAGGCAGAAGGUACUCACAAGUGGAAGACAACAGCUCCAGUAGAUAAACAUGCUACAGCUGUCCUGCAGUUUGAGAAAGCAUCACACAUCCACAGCAUUGACAUUGGAAAUGAAGGUUCAGCCUUUGUUGAGGUGUUGGUCGGAAAAUCUUCAGCUAAAGAGGACAAGGAUUACCAGGUAUUACUGGUGGCCUCCUCCUUUAUGAGUCCUAUGGACAGUCGUAAUAAUACCAACAGGAACAGUGUACGCAUGUUUGGUAAAGAGAAACUCUCUAAAACAACCAUCUCAGAGAAGUGGGACAGAGUGAAGGUUGUUUGUACCCAACCUUUUAACAAGAACUCCGGUUACGGAUUGUCCUUUAUCAAGUUUCAUUCCCCACCAGCACCCGGAGAGAAAGAUGAACCAGCUGUAGGUGUAAAGAAGCUUGGUGCAUUCUUGAUCAAACCGGAAAAAGAUGAUGAUAUACAGAUGGGAUCAGCGUUUGCUAAACGAGCAGAUGUCAGGGAAACCCCUCCAGCCACAGGAGCAGCAGCUAUCAGAGCAGCAUCCCGACUGUCUGAGGAAUCUCGUUCUACCACGGCCUUAUCUCCUGCAACUUUACAUAAAUCUAAAACCUGUGACACCGUCUCUUCACUCAAGUCUGAAACCAUUGAGUCUUCAUCAUCUUCCAAGGCUAAGCUAAGCAGCACCAAGGCAGCUCCCAAAAUGUCUGAGAACCGUAGUAAAAGGAAACAUGAGUUUAGUGACGAUGAGGGUCACUAUUCAGACGACGAUGAUUCACCGCCGGCCAGACCCCCAAUGAAGAAACAGUCCACCAGUAUCACUUCCACAGCCUCAUCUGUAAUGAGUGAUACAAAAACAGCUCUGAAAAAAAACAAAUCUGAACCAGCCCGGGAAUCCCCUGCUAAGUCCUUCAAGAAACUGCUGGAAGGGGUUGUGUUUUCCUUGAGUGGAUUCCAGAACCCGUUCAGGGGCGAGCUGAGAGAUAUGGCCACAGAAAUGGGUGGUGUGUACAAGGCUGACUGGGAUAAAACUUGUACUCAUCUUAUAUGUGCUUUUACAAAUACUCCGAAGUACAACCAAGUGAAAGGGAAAGGGAGGAUAGUGAAGAAAGACUGGGUUCAGCACUGCUACAAACAGAAGAAACGUCUACCUUGGAGGAAGUACGUACUGGGUGACACGGACUACUCCAGCGAUGAAGAAGAGGAUGAGCCUGUUAUGAAGAAAACUCCAAGCCAAACGAAACACAAGGAGAAACAUGGUUCCAAGGAUGACAAGGUCCCUUCGAAGAAAGAAUCUACCCCUAAAAAAGCAGACAUGGAAGUAUACGAUGAUGACACAGAUGUGGAUUCGGGAGAGGACACGGAGGAUGAAGUCCGCAGAAUUAAACAAAAAAUGGAGAAAAAUAACAAACCAAAGAUUGAUGAUGAGGCUGUGUAUGGUGACUCGACAGACAAUGAUGAGGAGUCUCCUAAAAAAUCAACCCACAAGGAAGUUAAAAUGGAGGCUGAUGAUGGUGAUGAUAAUGACUGUGGACUUCCAGAACUUUCAGAUCUUUUCACCAGCAAGAAUUUCUUCCUCUAUGGAGAUUUCUCCGUAUCAGAAAGGCGUUUGCUAAUUAGAUACAUCACAGCAUACAAUGGUGAGCUGGAGAACUAUAUGACUGAUAAGGUUAAUUUUGUCGUGACCUACAGCAAAUGGGAUGACAACUUUGAUGAGGCACUGGCAGACAACUCUGAGUUGGUGUUUGUAAAACCAAAGUGGAUUUACUCCUGCCACGAGAAAAACAAGACGAUGCCAUUCCAGCCUUACAUUGUUGUACCAGAUUGACGAUUUACUUUGUUUGAUCAAUGUACGUGCCUAGUUCUCUGU